UCCUUCAAGCACGUUUUUCAUUUGUGGCUGAUGCGUCCAUUUAUAAUCUCAUAUAAACUUUUUCGUGUAUAGUGCUGCAAAUAAAAUCUUUUGUAUAAGAUAGGAAAAAUGAGUGUAACUCAAGGAUUCGUUCAGUUCAUACAAACCAAAAAAUUGGAAAUAAUAAAAUUACGCAAAUUAGUGCAAAAUUCAAACCCCACGGCAGGAACUCGUGUGGAAGUGAGAUCCGGCAAGGAAAUAGUAGAGGCAUUUCUUCAUUUUGUUGGAAAAACUGCGACUUGAUGCAGUCGAAGCAACAAAGCAAAACAUCAUGAAGAAGUCGAAGGAGAGACUUUUGUUGGAAGAAAGGAAAGAACUCGUUCACUCUGACACCAGUGACGAGACGGAUGAUGAAGGAGAUCAUUCAAAUGAAAAGGAAAACACUGAGCCAGAAAAUAGAACUACUUCCCCUCCUGUAUCACCGUUAAGGUCCGCAUCUGGAAGUGGUUUUAACAGUAAUGGUAAUGCGGAGCAGUCUGAACAUUCUGAAAAUCGAGAAAAUCACAGUCGCGCGGAUCCGAAAAAUGGAGGAGUGCCUCACCUUCAAACAAAUUCGGGAAAGGCUGGUACACAACCGGCUGGCAGACGGGAAAAUGCGAAUGAAACGAGAACUGUAACUACAUUGAAGAAAUAUGAUCGAAUCAACGACGAGAUUUACCUCGGCAGGGGAAUUUUGCUCAACAUUUACGAAUGGGAUUACAUAAAAGAUUUAUAUCAACCAGGACCAUUCGUGAUUGCAUUAGCGGAGGCGAUCUGGAAAGACGGCAUGAAGGAUAUGUGCCUUAACCUCAAAAAGGCAAAACCCAGAAGUGAUGGGCAAGUGCGGAAGGCAAUUUCCAAAAGGAAAAUCUUGGCAAUGGAAGAACUCUAUCGAGAUAAAAUGUCCACAGAGAAAAACCGUUAUAGUUCAAGAAUUAACAACCAGGUUAAAAUUGUCAAAACGACACUAACUCAUGCGAUAAAUGACAGGAAUAAAAAGAAAAAAGAGAAACAAGAGGAACCAUACGAUUCAUCGGCCUCUACAGAUUAAAAGAAAAAUGAAAAAAACGGUAUUUCUCUUUUAAUUUUAAUAUUAAAUUUUUAUUAUAUUUAUAACUUCAGUGUUGUCGACAGUUAAGACAAAACAAUAUUUCCUCAAAAUCUUGGCUAGUCUCAAUAAGUUUCGAGUCUUGCGACAACACUACUUUUUUUGUUUUAAAUUCGUUGUAAACGUUUAUUAUUCGUUCGUUUUUAAUAUUAAUGUCAGUAUUAAUAUACGCUACACCAAAUAUAACCCGGCGAGUUCAAGUUUCUACUUUGUAACACCGAGCGUAAGGCAGGAUAUUUUUUACCUGGUAAGAAAUUUCUAUUUACAUGUUAAAAAGAACUGGGAAUCGUGAAACUUUUUCGUAUAUUGGCUAACAAUGUCAUAUAUUAAUUUUUUCAUUCAAAUAUUUCAUCCCGUUAAGCAAUUUAUUAUUGAUUAUCUAUAACACUUUCAAAUACAACUGGAAAUUAGCAUAUCGUCAGUUGGAUGCAGAAACAUGCUACUUCAGACUAGUCUUGAAAAACGUGCCGUGUUUCAAAAAAGAUUUGGAAUACAUGCCAAUCCAGAAAUGAUGAUUUUUUGUUUUUUAUUUAAGUUGACAUUAUUGAAGAUUUUAAUUAUGUUAUAAAUCUUUGUAAAUUAAUAAAAAAAAGUAUCCUUCAAAUAAUGUAAACUUAAAAAGUCUAUUUAAAAAAUUGUUCAAAAUAUGACUUUUUCAAAAAAAAUAAUCAUGGAAAAUACAUCUUGAAAAGUCAUUUUUGUAAAACUUUAUAACCUUCAGUACUGUCAACUUAAAUAAAAAACAAAAGAAACUCAUUUCUGAAUUGGCAUGUUUUCCAAAUCUUUUUUGAAACGGCACGUUUUUCAAGAUUAGUCUAAAGUGUCACGUUUCUGCAGCUAACCGACGAUAUUACACAGGAUACUUUAUUUUAUAUUUAGUUUUAUUUAUAUAUUUAUUAUAUAUAUUUAUUAUUUUUAUUUAUUUUAUUUUAUUAUUUAUUUCAUUUUUUUACCCUGCCUUACGGGAUAAACUAAAAAUAAAGUACAAAGUACACAACCUAUACGGCAUAUCGAAUAUGCGUUAACGUUAACGACGUGUUAACGACUGUACACAAUUAAAUAUGGAAUUUUAUUUAAAAACUUAAUUCUAUAAACGAAUUCAUUUUAAUUUAGGCAGAUUUAGCAUGAUCAAGACUGAAAAUCACGUUUGCUGUGAAAAUAAUGUUUUUUAAAAAACUUUAGACGACUGUUAUUGUUUUAUUUGGCUGAAAAUUUUUUGUUAUAAAGUUAUAAGGAUUAUAAGUGUAUAAGUCGGAAAAUUUAUUGAUUUAAAAUUUAAAUAAAAAUAUGUAAACUAACUUUUUCAGUGAAAAGUGCUGGAAGUUUUCUGAAAUUUUCUGGCAAUGGUUAUCGCCUUAUAUGUAACGGUACAGAUCGGUUUAAAUGGCGUGAAAUUGGUAUAAACACUUUUUGAUCACUUUUUCUCAAAUGACUGACACUUUUCACAAAAUUGACAAACUGACCAAGAAUCAUUUUUUUUAAAUAACCUAAUCACUGCCGUCACUUGUAAGGCAAUUUCUUUUAUAAUUUAAAUAACUAACAAGAAUGAUUAAAAAAGUAUUAAUAUUAUUAUAGAAAUGUUAAAUUCUAUAAUGGAAUACAAAAAAGUAUUAAACAUAAUUAAUAAGAAGGAUUCCAAAGUUAUUAAUGUUGUGAUAGAAAUGUUAAAUUUUAUAACAGAGAAUUCUUAUUUGAUUUUCUUUUUCUUCAUGUUAUAUUAUUUCUUGUAUAACGUGAAAGAUUUAAAUUUUAGGAAUUUACAUAUAUUAGCUUUCGACUUUCAAUAAAAUACCUCUUCAGAUAUCAGAAACAGUCUUUCGAUUAACCAAAUUUAACGGAUAAUACAAUUUUUUUAUAAAUACAACAUACUGUAAAAAAACCAUCAUGUUGAACACAGCCCAUGAGUGUGACAGAGACAGACUUAUGCGAAACGCGUGUUCCCCAUGUUCAACAUGAUGGUUUUCGCACCGUAUAAAAAUAUGUGAACACAUGUUGUAUUUUAAAAAUUAUUUACGACCAGUUAGUUUCUGAUAUCUGAAGAAGUCUUUCAUUGAAAGACGAAAGCUAAUAUAUGUUAUUAUUAUAAUAAAUGUAAAAUAUCGACCAAAAAGAAAAACAUUAAAAUUUAAAUCUAUCGCACUAUACAUUUUUUUGGUCAAUACUAAUAACAUCCUAAAAUUAAUUAUUACAUGUAAUAUUUAAAUAAUAAAUAAAUGUAUAUCAUUUCAA